AUGGUUGACUCCGAGAAGGCUAGUGCUGUCGAUCAGCAGUCUGACGCCCCUGAAACUGUUGAACCGAUCAAGCCGACACAGACAGUCGACACAGUCCACAAGGAUGAAGCCAUGAAGGUGCUGGCUGCCUAUACUGGCAGCGAGGAGUGGACGGAGCAGGAGGAGAAGAAGCUUCGCCGGAAGCUUGACUGGAAGCUGCUCCCUGUGCUUUGCGUGACAUACGGGUUGCAGUAUUACGACAAGGCUAUGCUUUCCCAGGCAGCUCUGUUUGGAUUACGAACCGACCUUGGUCUUAACGUCGGUGAACGCUACUCCUUCUCUGCCUCCAUUUUCUACAUCGGCUUCAUCAUUGGUGCUUAUCCAGCCAUGGCCUUGGCGCAAAGGUUCCCAAUUGAACGCGUUGCAUCGAUUAUUGUGACUAUCUGGGGCGUUUGUCUGCUCCUCACAACCGUCUGCAAGAAUUACCAAGGCCUCUACGCUCAGAGAUUCUUCCUAGGAUUUCUCGAGAGUGGAAUCAGCCCGAUGUUUAUGCUUAUUGUGGGCUCUUUCUACAAAAAGAAUGAACAGGCAUUACGAAUGGGGGUGUGGUACGCCAUGACUGGAUACGCGAGUAUUUUCAGCCCACUCAUCAACUAUGGUCUCGGUUUGAUCAACGGCGGCGUGUCUUCUUGGAGAUAUAUGUACUACUUUGCUGGCUCAGUCACCGUCGUUUGGGGUCUGGCUCUGUGGUUCGUCCUGCCACCGGAUCCAGUCCGGAGUAAAGGAUUCAACGAGAGGGAAAGAUACAUCCUGGUUGCUCGGUUGCGGUCAAACAACUCCGGAGUUCGCAACACGCACUUGAAGGUCGAUCAGAUCUUGGAGUUGUUGAUCGAUCCAAAGUUUUGGAUCGUAUUCUCGAUUGCGUUCUUGUCCAUGAUUGCCAAUGGUCCUAUCUCAACAUUCAUUCCUAUUAUCAUCAACGGCUUUGGCUUCAGCACUCUCAACUCACUCCUACUCCUCAUGCCCGUAGGAGCAUACGCUGGAACGAUGCAGUUGCUGAUUCCGCUACUUGCAUAUAAGUACAAGAAUAUCCGAUCCUAUCUCGUGUUUGGUGCACAAGUCGGCACCACCCUCGCUGCUCUGCUGCUGUGGCUCUUGCCAAUGUCGGCAACUGGAGCAUUGCUGUUUGGUUGCAUCAUCCUGCCAUCUGUCGGCUCUGGGUAUGCUGUGCUUAUGGGACUGCAAAUCGCCAACAUUGCGGGUUACACAAAACGAUCCGUUGCCUCGUCAGGCCUCUACAUUGGGUACUGCCUGGGUAACUUCGUCGGCCCGCUGGUCUUCAAGAAACAGGACGCACCCCGAUACAUUCCGGGUUUCAUCGUCGUUGUUGUCACCUCUAUUAUCGCCGGUUUCCUUGCUCUAUUAUACCGGCUCAUCUGUGUGUGGAACAACAACCAGCGUGAUAAGGCAGGGAUCAUGGAAGGGUUCGACCACGCCUAUGAAGAUGACUUGACCGACAAAAAGGUAGCUCGCUCCCCAGUCUAUGGCCUCAUUUUGCUGGACAACUUUCGCUGA